AUGCUUUACGGUGAAGCCGGUACUGUCACAUCUGGCGAUGCUGCAACAAGGUCAGGCGAGAGCUGUUCUUCCCGUUAUCCGUGCGAUUUCGCAAACGGUUUGGAAUGUCUGUACCAGCGUGCCGGGAAUGGGACUGCGAACCAGACUGGUCGCAAUCCAAGGGGUGAUGAACCCACCCAGUUGCGUGCACGACUCACUUCAGUUCCAUCCAGUCCUGAAGAGUCUGGAAUCUGUUGGAGCCAAGGCAAUCGAAGCUCUUGCACCAGCCUUCAGAGUCCAUAUGUUUUUACAGCAAACAAAUUGGAUGAAGAAGCACGCUUCAUUCGUCCAACACUGCAAGACAAUGGUUUUCCGGAAAAGAUUACUGACAAGAAUAUUAUGCUCAUUCCGGAAAAAGAAAGCCCCGUUUAACGCCACGGUAGACCGUGUCGGAUCAACGGCACAUGGUUAUUACAUGGUUCAAUCCAAACCAACGAAUGUCGACAUCAGUGCUCCUGUAUAGACGGACAAUUGGUCUGUGUAGACCGAUGCGUAGCACAAGAGCGGAAACAACGUCCACCGGACGUGUUUUGUGACCCACUGGAACGGGACGGACCACCGAUGCAAUUACGAUUGAUGCCUCCUGCACCUGGUGAUUGUUGUCGGCGCUGGAUGUGUGUGACCGUAGCUGACACCCCGGAUCGUGAUACACGUUUCUUGUCCGAUUCGGAUGAAUCUGUUCAAGAAUCAACUCGAAUUGGGCACGAUACCCGGGGCCAGGAGUACAGCGGUGGACGAGCCACAUUGACUGCCGGAGUGGAUCUAUCUGAAGGUACAUACUGA